AUGCAGGAUGCAGGCAAGAAUCCAAUCUUCAAGUGUCUUCGGGUGAGUUAUGAACUUCUCGAAAAAGACCUGAAAGACUGUUUACUGCUUCUGGCAAAUUUUCCUGAAAAUGCUGUUCUAAAGAAAAUGCUUCUUAUUUAUUGGUGGAUUGGCGAAGGGCUGGUAACAGAUGAGGAAAAAGGCGAAAAAAUAUUUGAUGACCUUUUGGAACUUGAGUUAAUUAUGCCACAUCGAAAUGAUAAAUGCCCUUUAGUAAAUAAAUGUCAGAUCCAUCCUUGGAUCCGUUACAUGUUGAUCAUUGUGGCCGAAAAGGCCAAGAUUUUGAGCUUGGACGACGGGAUGAUACCACGUUUUGACACUGAUAAGGACCCUCAUCGAACUUGUUUGAUAGUUGAACGAUCAAAUGUGACGAGUAAAAAUGGAUCCGAGAUGGAGAAUUUGAAGAGCAUUUUUAAUGUAAACCAGAGCUAUCUUGAUCUUCAACUUGAAUGGUUUGCUAAACUGAAGUCAUUGGAGGUGCUUCAGCUGGGUCGUUGGCUGGUUUCUUCUACCCAUCACAUUGAAGUUCGGAGUGAAUCGUUCCUAAAAGGUUUGAGGACUCAAAGGGGGCUCAAGUAUCUUAGCCUCCGUGGGGUUUCCAGAAUCACAGAACUUCCUUCCUUCAUUGGAGAACUGGUCAACCUUGAGAUUCUUGACCUCAAAGCUUGUCAUAAUCUAGAAACUUUGCGAGCAGAUAUUGUAUCUUUGAAAAAGCUCACACAUUUGGAUGUGUCAGAAUGUUACUUGCUGGAAAGUAUGCCAAAGGGGCUCGGCAAGCUUACUCGGCUCCAAGUACUCAAGGGAUUCAUAAUAGGCAGCUCACAGGAGACUACCAUCGGAAUAGAGGAUCUUCGAAAACUAGAGAAACUUGAGCGACUAAGUAUUCAUAUUGGCAGUGAGUCUGUUAUUAAUGAUGAAUUUAAGAAGUUGGAGGGUUUAAGAAAUGUCAGGUGCCUCAAAAUAUCUUGGGGCGUGUGGUUAAAUCCUAGCCGACUGGAAAAGCUGGAUAAGCUAUACAUAAUGGGAGGCAAUCUCGGCAGUUUGGGACAAGUCCAGACAGAGGAACAACACUGGAAUGUGAAAUAUUUGAUCCUCAAGUAUACGGACAAGCUGCAGAUCGACAAACAAACAUUAAGGAAAUUGUUUCCCUCCAUUGAGUAUGCGAAGAAAGUUAGGUGGAUAAAGGGAGGCGGUACGUCCACAACAUCAGGACGACAACUCAUUGAUUUUGAGUUGAACAAUUGA